CAAAAGAAGAAACCAGAGACACAUUGCUUAAACCCUAAUAAAUCCCAGAAAAUGGAGCUCCAAUCUGUUUGUCUUGGGAUUCCCUCCUCAAAUUCCACUUCAUCCAGUAACCGUUUAUCCCCCACCCAAACUGUUACAGCAACUUACGGUGGGCGGCUCCGUACUAGAAUUUCCUCCAAAUCUUAUUUGGUGCCAGGAUUGAACAUGUCUGUGAAGAAGUCCUCAAUGCUUUGCUUGAACAAGGGAGCUAUAAUGUGUGCUUCUAACCCUAGUCUAAAUGGGAACUUGGAGUUUUCAAGAGAGAAAGAGUCUGAGGUACUUAGUAAGGCAAGUGAUGGGGUAGAGCCUUUUCGUGGCAAGUCGGGUUCGAUUUCGUUUUGUGGGUUGACACACCAGUCAGUGGAGGAAGGGAACUUGCUUUCGGCACCGUUUGAUGAGGAGAAGGGGUCGUUUCUUUGGUUCUUAGCCCCUGUUGCGUUGAUUGCCUCGUUUGUAUUCCCGCAGUUCUUCAUUGGCAAUGCCAUUGAAGCUUACUUGCAGAACGAGGUUCUCGUAGAAAUCGCAACUUCAUUAGCAUCAGAUGCUGUAUUUUAUGUGGGACUUGCAACAUUUUUACUUGUCACCGACCAUGUUCAGAGGCCAUACCUACAGUUCAGUACAAAGAGAUGGGGUCUCAUUACCGGCCUAAGAGGAUACUUGACAUCCGCUUUCUUCACAGCGGGCUUCAAGGUGGUUGCACCUCUGGUUGCAGUUUACAUAACCUGGCCAGUGCUUGGCUUGCCAGGCUUGGUUGCUGUUGCUCCCUUUCUAGUUGGUUGUGCCGCUCAGCUUUUAUUUGAGAAGGUUCUUGACAAGCGAGGAUCGUCUUGUUGGCCUCUUAUUCCUAUUAUCUUUGAGGUUUACAGACUAUACCAGUUGACAAAAGCUGAUUACUUUAUCAAGAAAUUGAUGUAUGCAAUGGACGGUCUGCCUACAUCCCCAGAACUUCUGGAGAAAAGCGGUGCAUUAUUUGCGAUGGAGGUCACUGUUGGAACCCUUUGCUUGGUGUGCCUGUGGUCUCUGGUGACAUUUCUCAUGAGGCUGUUUCCUUCCAGACCUGUAGCAGAGAAGUACUGAUAUAUGUAUGGGAUCAUGUAUAUUCCAACUUUUGUUUCUUUGCUCGUUUAGGAUCGUGUACAAUCAAAGUUUUGAUAAAUUCUCUAAUGUCGUUGGGGAAUUGUUGA